AUGAUUGACAUUGAACCGAGACAUGGUAAUCACCAUUUCGUAAAUAUCAAAUAUGGAUACAUCAUACUUGGAAUAUCCCUUUUACUAUCCCUACACCUACUAUUGUUCAAGUUUAUCUAUAUACAACAAUGGAAACGAAAUGGAAUACAUAAUAGGCUAUUGACAUAUCUACAACGGCCGCCAACAUGGUUCAUUAUGUUGAUUUGGAUCGUCAUCAUUAUAUACCUAUCACAGGACAACAUCCAUGAGAUACAUGUGGAAUACACAACAAUAGCCAAACGAUUAGGUCGAAUAGCGUACAGUUUAAUUCCACUAAAUAUUUUCCUAAUCCUACGCUUCUCCAAUUCACCAUAUUUAAACCCUGGAUAUUACCUACAAAACUUGAAUCUUCAUAAAUGGUUAUCGAGAUUGGUUUUCGUUCUUGCGUUGAUUCAUGGGUUGAUUUUCACCAUCAAAUGGAUAGUUGAUGGAACAGGAUCCAAAUUUGUCACAAUUUGGAAUUUUUUGGGUAUUGUUGUUCUUGUUCCUUUCCUUUUGCUCAUGGUUGUUUCGAUAAGAUACAUGAGACGCAAAUCGUAUCCUUUGUUUUACGUUGUUCACAACAUCACCUCAUGGCUUAUGGUAUUUUUGAUAACUUUGCAUGCUCGACCAAGAGUGUGGCCAAUUGCCAUAGUGGCAAUAGCUAUGUUGGCUAUGCAAUUGUAUUCCAGGUUUGCUACGUAUAGAGUAAACUCACUCAAGGUGAUUGAUAUUCCUGCAUCAACAUUGCAAAUUGUGAAGAUACCGCUUCCUUUGAAUUUCCCCAUUUGGUCACCUGCAAGUCACAUUAGAUUAAACUUCUCAUUUCUGAACAUUCGAUGCUGGGUAAUGGCAACUCACCCAUUCACAAUUGCGUCCAUAUUUGAAGAUUCGCGUACAUCGCUUGUGUUGAUCAAGAAAAAGACACAGUUGCAGUUUGAUUCACAAUGUACUUAUUUGAUGACAGGUCCGUAUUGCUCCAUACCUCAACCUUUUUUCAAUACCGCACAAGUGGUGAGUAUUCUUUGUGGUGGCUCGGGAAUAUCAUUUGGAUUGCCCAUCUAUCAAUAUUUCAAGUCCACAAAUCCAUCAGUGGUGGUGAGCUUGACUUGGUGUGUUCUGAACAAAGACGACUUGUUUAUUCUCAAUCAGUUGAAUGUAUCUGAUAUACAAGUUUAUGUCACAGGCAUAGACACUCAACAAUCAUCUGAGGAACAUUUCAUGCCCGAAUUUUUGGUUGAAGGUGAGGAUGAUGUGGAAAAUCACGGUUUACUAAAGGAAAAUAUCGAGUUGCAACCAAUUGUACCGAAUCCAAUUGAUCCUAGUGAAAUUAAUGAAGGAAAAUCAAACAAAGAUGAGUCAAUAACCAAUGGUAAACGUUAUAAAUUAGGACGGCCCAAAUUGGAUGAAAUCUUUGCCAUUAAUAAUCCUACAUUUACGUAUGAUCCCAGCACCACUUGGAUAAUUGCUUGUGGACCAGACGGAUUGAUUUACGAUUCUCAAAGGUGGGCAACAGAGCAUAAUUAUCAGUUUUUUAGUGAGAAAUACGAAAUGUAA